AUGAAAAGAGUAUAUACGUGUUUGUGUUUUAUAUGUUUGUUUUUUUUAUGUAUAUUAAAAGGUGUGUAUAAUGUGAAGACACAAAAAAAUGAAGGAAUUAUUAUUGACAAGGAGGGUAAAGAAAAUGAUAAUGGAAACAGUGAUAGGAACACACCAAAUAAUAACAAUAGAUUAAAUAGAAUGACAUUGAAUAAAGAAAUGUAUGAAAAACAUAAUAAAAUGAAUAAUGAAGAAGAUAAUAAUAAAAACAUAAAUUAUGAUUUAAGUAAUUUAAAAGAUGGAAUGAAAAAAAAACAUUUUGGUAGUAAUAGUAGUGAAGACAAAACGAAUAAAAAAAGUUCCAUAAAUAGUGUAUUAGAAAAAUAUCAACAUACGAAACAUGAAGAAAAAAAUUUACAAAAUUUAAAUAAGAAUAUGAUGACUCAUGAAAAUGAUGAUAGUAUGAAAUCUAUUUUUAUAUCUGAAGAAUCUUUUGAAAGUGCUAAGAAUGUAUGUCAAUUUAUUGUAAUGCAAAAUGAUUAUUUUAAAAAUUUUUGUAAUAUUACAUCUUUAGUAUAUGAUAUAGAAAAACUUAAAAAAAAUAAUCAUAAAAUUUAUGAAGAAAUACUAAGUAAUUCAUAUGAAAAUAAUAACGGUUCAAAAUUCAAAUUACUUAAAGAAAUUAACCAUACUAAAGUUUUUAAAGAAAUGGAUAAUACCAAUCCAAAAUUCUCUAUCUUAUUUUUAUAUGAUAAAUUUUGUUAUGGAGGUAUUCCAUUAGCUUGCUCAAAUUUGAUGAAAUAUGAUAAUGUCUUUGAUAUUAAUGAGCAAAGUGAAACUACUAAUAAACCAGAUGAUAAUGUAAAUAUGGAAGAAAUGGAAAAUUAUAUUAUUAAUCAAACAGGUAUGGAAAAUGGAUUCGAAGAGAACGUUUCCGAUUUAACACAAGAAUGA